AUGGCCACGAGGAACCCCAAAGCGACGACCUCCGCAAAUAAAUUCAAAGACCCCGAGACCACGCCAACUUCGCCGAGGCGGCCUCUUCCCGGGCUGCGCGUAUACUCGAACCCACGAACGCCCACAAGAACAAACUCCUUCGAGGAGAUGGAAGUGACGUCGCUCCCAGACCCGCGCACCCCGGAACAUUCUCACCUAGAUUUCCAGCACGUCUGGAACGAGACCUAUCUGGAGAUAUCGUUGGACGCCGUGGAUCGCUUCGUGCCCGAGCUGGAGGCUACCCUCACGCGCGCCGGCCAGCAUUCGGAUUUUGUCAGGUUUUGGCACAUGCUGCGGGACAACACUUUUGAAGGAACAGUGUCCAUGGACACGCUCUUGGACGAAGGGUGCAAGCUGUUUGGACGCGACGCCGAGCUUGUGCAGUUGUUCAACGGUAUCUUGCCGCCUGGAGGGAGGAUGGACCAAACACCCUGGGAGGAAAAAGGUCCCCCACCCAGUUAUCCCGUCGUCUUCAUGGUCGGCGUGACAGAUGCCGAUGCCGAUGCCGCAGCCAAGAUCAUCGUACCCGUGGAAGCUUCCGUCCCGGAGAUAUGCAUGCGACAGGACGUUUGGGCCGCGACAGGAUAG